ACGCAAUUUAUGUUGUUAUUCGUGUCAAAAAUGACAACGUCAAUUUGAAGGUUCGGUUCGGAAGUUCGGAGUGGAGUUCGGCGGAUCGGACGUCGUUUGUUAGAGAAGACGCUUUUAUUUAUUUCUUCUAAGCCUAGAGUUAAAAUUUAAUAUACCUAACAUAUAUGAGUAAUGCGUUAAUUCGACGGUUACGUUGUGGAAGGUAGAUAAAAACCAACAAUAUAAUGCAAAUAUGUUUCAGUCAUUUUUUUCCCUGUGAUAACCUGCCAUCGACAAAUCUCAAUUAGGUACAAAUAGGAUCUUAUCGGUGUGAUCUGGUCAAGAUGUGGUCAGUCCUCGUGACGGACGACACGAGUGACUCUAGGGCAGACGGCAGCGCAGUGUGCGUGGGAUGUCUGGCCACAGGUGUCACACUGCAUGAUAUGCACGCUAACAACCUGGCCGAGAGCUUCAUGGAGAUCACUGGGGUCACUAUCGCGAGCCCCGCGCCGCUGUGCGUGUACUGCCGCGCGCGGCUCCGCUCCUCCUCGUUGUUCCGUCGCCGCGCGCGCCGCGCACACCACGCGUUACACAAUGCCUUAUCACCAGAAUAUCUUCGAGAGCUAGGCCAGAAACUGAAACAUCAGUACGCGUGCGCGGAGAUCACUACUCUGAACCUAACGGAUACCAACGAAGAAGUCGAAAUAAAACGAGAGGAGUCCAGUUCUGAUUCAGACGAUUAUCUCCUCAGCACAUUAGGCAGUUCUAAAAAACUAGAGAAGGAAGAAGUCGAUUCAGAUAAAGAUUUGAACACUAAUGACGUUGACAGCGACGGAGAAGUGGAAUGUCUGCCGGUGUUCGCUGAAAACGUCAAGAAAGAGGUUAAAAAGAAACGUGUCAAAAUAAAAAAGGAGCGCGGAGCGAAAAAGUGUAAAACCGACGACGAAAUCAAAAGAGAUGUGAACGGCUUCAAUUUCGAUGUGGUGUUCUUGAGCAGAGACGAGCAGCUGCAAGAGGUCGCGGAGCUCAAGAACAGGGAAAUCAAAUACACGAAGAACGAUACCAAAUGUGAACUGUGCGGGAAGAAUUUCAAAACGAAAAGAUCUAGAGAGGUGCAUUUUAAAAAGUACCACGACGCCAGCGUCGGUUCGUUCGAAUGCGAUAUUUGUCACAGUAGAUUUAAAGCUAAAAAUAGAAUGAACACGCACAUGAAGAUACACAGAGAAAGAUUUCAUUGUAGGAACUGUGACUUUGUCACGAACCGGGAAUGCGGCUUGAGAUUGCACUACGAAUACCAUCAAGGGAAGAAAUAUAUCUGCGAAUAUUGUAAAAAGGACUUCGCUAAAGUGUCUAGUUAUAUGUCUCAUGUGCGCUUAAUACACGCAUCUUUGCUUCCGUGGUGCGAACUGUGCGGCGAAUCGUUUAUAGGCGAAAAAGGUGUGCAGGCGCAUAAGAAAAGAGCUCACAAAGACUUCGAAGAUCUGGCGUUCAAGUGUGUCGAGUGCAAAAUGUGUUUCGUGAACGAGAAAGCGUUAGAUAAACAUACAAGUUUGAACAAAUGUAGUUUAUCGAACUGUGUGCAUUGCGGGGACGCGUUCGCGAGCUUGCAGCUGCUGAAGUAUCAUUUGGUGCAACGUCACGGGACGGAGAGUGCGGUGACCACCGACUGCGACGCGUGCGCAGUCAGCUUCCACAGCAACGCGGCGUACCAGCGUCACGUGACUGCGUGUGGCGCCAGUGCCGUGUGCGUGCAGUGCGGGGAACACUUCCGGGACCACGCGGCGCUCAGUGCACACGAGGCCGGGGAACACACCGCUUUGAAUUUCUUCAAAUGUGAGGAGUGCUCGCGCACGUUCACGAACGCGUACUACUUCCGCGACCACUGCGCGCGCGGGCACGAGCGCGCGCGGCGCCCGCUCGCCGGCGAACACAAGGACAAGCUAGACAAGUUGCCGCGCAAGCGCGGACGCAAGCGGGACGGGAGUGCGAGUGCGAGUGCGAUGCGCGCGUGGCGCGUGCUGGACGAGCGGAGGCUGGUGAUGCGCAAGCUGGCGCCGGGCGGGGAGCUCGUCAGCGACGUGCGCGUGCGCGACGCCGUGUGCGAGGUCUGCGGGAAGGCCUUCGCGAACGUGUCACUGCUGAAGCUCCACCAGCGGCUGCACACCGGCGAGAAACUCUUCACGUGCACAUACUGUAACAAGAAGUUCAACGUGUCCACUUUGCUGCGGAACCACAUGCGCGUGCACACGGGCGAGCGGCCGUACGCGUGCGCGGAGUGCCCGAAGGCGUUCAAGGAGUGGGCCGGGUACAAGCGACAUCUGCUGAGCCACUCGGGCGUGCGCAAGCACAUCUGCGAGUUGUGCCAGAAGUCGUUCCUGACGUCAACCUGCGUGAAGGUGCACAUCCGCUCCGUGCACAUGAAGAUCCCGAUGCCGCCGCGCGUGCGCAAGCCCAGGCUCAAGCACCCCUAAACUAUACUACACUGCAGCUAGUCAACACGAUCCCGUGAUUUUUAACCCCCGACGCAAAAAGAGAGGUGUUAUAACUUUCACAGCUAAGUGUGUCUGUCUGUCUGUGUGCGUGACACCGUAGCUCAUCAACGGGUGAACCGAUUAUUUGGAUGCCGUUUUUUAUUUGAUAGCUAAUUUCUAUGGGGUGGUUCUUAAAUAUGUUUGAUCAAAAUCGAUUCAGUCGUUCAAAAGUUGUAGCAAAAUGAAUAUUAUAAGUCGGGGGCUUUUAAAAUUCGUGUUUAUUAUUUGCCAAUAAUAUGCGCACAGACGAUUUUGAGAUUUUAGUUUCAAAUCCCGGUGUCGCCUUUGUACAGUCCCGACAUAGUUACCGGGGAAUAACGAGCAGGAUUACAUUGCCUAAUGUUUUGUCGUCCCUGGCGGCUGUGAGCUCGCCACACUGGAUCCAUUAUGAAAAUCAUUAUCAGACGUCGUUUAAGCGUCCAACUUUUUUGUUUGCAUAAUGUAAUUUUAUCAUAAAAAUCUUGUAAACAUUACAUUUUAAGUUAAUAAUGCAAUCAAGUAAAAAUCUAUAUAUUUAAAUCUUUUAUUUCGAUGGAUUCCAUUAAUUCAAUUCUUUGUCUAAAAUUAUUGCUUUGCUGACGUCAGCCCUCUUUGGGAAAGCUAUCGGAGUCUAUCAGCUGCCUAGCUUGUGUCCCUUACUAGUCUCGUGCGACAUCCACGCUAGGAUACGGCGUGGAGGUAUUGUAGGAACCACGCGUUUUAUUAUGAACAGUAACAAAGGUAGCAAAAAUAUUGGACAAGAAAAUUAUUAAGUAGUAUAAGGAAAGGGAAAGUAAGUUUAGAUAUAAAUGGGGUACUUUUUAUUCACUGCACAAAUCCCGGCUAAACCACUGCUUGAUGUAGCACUUUAGGGUUUAGCCGUAACAUAUAUACCCUGUUUAAAUAGUUGGUCUAUAAUAAAUUAAAACUAGCGAAAAUAAUUAUAUUGAACUUCCAAAAUGACAAAUCUUAAUUUUACAUAUUAAAGACUAUCGGCGGCAAUCUUAUCUGUCAAUAUGAGAAAAUAUUUAAACCUAGAAUACAUUUUGAUUUAUUCUUUUAUUAGUGGCCAGUGUACCUACUGAAUAUAAAACCUGGACAUACCCUGUAAGAAAUUCCAAGAUUCCGUCACAGAUUACGUAAUAGUAUUUCCGUUGAAAAUGUGCAGUGAUUAGAAAAAUAUCCUAAUUACAGUCUGACAGGCCGGCAACACUGGGUGUUCAUCAACCAAUCGCGACCGCGAUCGCGACUAUUUGGUGUUGCAAUAGCUAAAAAAUAGCUUAAAAAUUAGUUUUCUUCACUUUCUUGGCAGACUACGUUUGGAUUGUGCUGUGUGAGAACAUUUAUUGUAAUUAUUUAUUGCUAAUGAAAUAAUUAAAUUGUGUUGAAUGAUACAAAA